AUUUGAGCUUCCGUGGAAGAGAUCUCGCCAUGACUGCGGAUCUUGAGAGAUUUUCUACUCUCGAUUUUUUCUUUUUUGCCAUAACUUUCCUUCUUUCCUCCGCGAUCGGGCUCUACUAUGGCUUCCUGUCGCGAAGGACGGCCAAUACGCGCGAAGAGUAUUUACUGGGUGGGCGGAAGAUGGGCCUCCUGCCCAUUACAGCCUCCCUCGUGGCUACUGUUGUUUCGGGAUCAACAGUCUUGGGGCACACAACGGAAGUUUAUGCCUUCGGGACUCAAGCGUGGCUUCUCUUCUUCGCUUUCUCUGGAAUGUCCGUGAUUGCUCUGAAGAUUUAUCUUCCUGUUUUCCUGGAGAUUGGCGAAUUGUCCAGCUUCAAGUACCUGGAGUUGCGCUUUAGUCGUUCUGUGCGGUUAUUUGCGAGUGGUUUGUUCACACUCACGUCACUUCUGUUCCUCCCCGUGACUGUGUACGUGCCCGCGUUGGCCUUUCACGAAGUCUCGGGGUUGUCGGUGCACCUCAUCACGGGCCUCCUGACCCUCCUGUGUGUCUCCUACACGGCCAUUGGGGGCAUAAAGGCCGUCGUGUGGACUGAUGUGCUGCAGAUCACGCUCACGGUCCUCUCGUCGGCCACAGUGGCGAUCGUUGGGAUAAAUCAGGUGGGAGGACUGGAGAAAGUCUGGCGGACGGCUGAUCAAGGAGGGAGGCUCAUCUUUUUCAACUGGAAUCCUGACCCAACUGCCCGUUCAACGGCUCUACAGUACUUCAUCAGUAUGACUGUUGUGGCUGUUUAUCAAAUUGGGAUCAAUCAGACCAGCAUCCAACGCUUCCUGGCGCUGUCGGACAUGCGAAAGAUUCGUUUUGCAAUUUGGGGCCUCACCAUUGCCUUCAGCCUCAUCCUCUUCCUCUCCCAGACUAUUGGGACUGUCAUCUAUGCCACGUACGAAGCGUGCGAUCCCUUCCGGUCGGGGCAGGUGCAGAAGAUCGAUCAAAUCCUCCCGCACUACAUCGAGCACACUGCCAGCAUCUUCCCCGGCUUCACGGGGAUCUUCAUUGCGGGCAUCUUCUCGGCCAGCCUCUCGUCCACUUCGUCCUUCCUCAAUACUUUGAGUGGCAGCAUCUACGACGACUUCCUGGCGCAAAGAUUCUUCCACACAGCCACCGAAUCACGUGCUAGUAACAUCGUCAAGCUCAUUGUGGUCCUCCUCGGGAUUUUGCAGAUGUUCCUGCUGCUGCUCAUUGAAAAAUUGGGAACAAUCUUCAAUAUGACAGUGCAGAUGAUGAAUUUGGCCACAGCAGCCCUCCUGGGACUCUUCACGCUGGGAAUGCUCAGCAGGCGAGUUAAUAAUAAGGGUGCUCUCUGUGGCUCCACUGUGUCCAUCCUGGUGGUGGUGAUGCUCAUUGUGGGUGGGCAGUACAAGAAACCCGAUCCGAUGCUACCCCUUCGAACGGAUGGAUGUGAUUUGGGUGCUUCAAACGCCACAAAUUCCCUCCUCCUCAUGGAUGGAUUGACAACGAUCACAAUGAUGCCUCCUCUACCGUCGUCGCUGUAUGAGGAGGCAGCUGAAGACAUUCCGUGGAUUUUCCGGAUUCAUUUCUUGUACCACGCCCUCAUUGGCUUUAUCCUGAAUCUCCUGGUUGGGUACACUGUGAGCCUCCUCACUGGUGGGAAUCGCAUUCCAGUGAAUGAGAAACUCCUUGCCAAAUUCCUCCGGAAGAAAAGCCACCACAGUGCAGGUGAAGAAGAAGAGAAGAAAGCUCUUAAAUCAGAGGAAAUUAGAGAAAAUGGAAAAGUUAUAAUUUUCCAACAGAAUAUCUUGAAUAAUAAUAAAUCAAUUAAGAAAUGAAUUAAAGAAAA